CCCUGAACUGAAAGUGAAAAGAAUUUUUGUUAUUUUCAACAUAUUUAUUUAAGAACAUUUAUUUUUUAUAUGAUCUACUUUUAUUUAUAAAAUAUACUCCAUUUAUAAUGCAUCACCACCAUCAUCAACAUCGUCGUCGAAAGAAACGCCCAAACUAUGGAACUCGCACCGUCGAGGUCAGUCGUGGCUUCAAUGGUUUCGGUUUCACAAUCUCCGGCCAACAGCCGUGCAUUCUUUCAUGCAUUGUAGCUAAUUCGCCAGCCGAUCAGGCAGGUCUCCGUGCUGGAGACUUUCUUAUUUCAGUAAAUAAUUUGAAUGUAUCAAAAUUGCCUCAUGAAACUGUCGUUCAGUUAAUUGGCAAUUCCUUUGGUAGUAUUAAAAUGCAAAUUGCUGAAAAUUACUUCUCAGAUAGUUCUGAUGAGGAGAAUGCUAUUCAGCAUAUGAAUCGGGGUAAACCCAGUUAUUUGCAUCAUAAAUUAAAAAUGAAUCGAUUGAGAACAUCGCCACAAAAGCAUCGUGAAGGUGCGGGGACGAGUGGCGGGUGUAGGGAGCAGGCUUUGCGUCCUGUUAUUGAAGAUAUUCCCUUACCUGCUUCGCUAUCCUCGUCUGCUUCUCAUAAUAUCAUUCAUUCGCCAAAUGCAAGCACUUCCAAAGACAUCUCGAAUGUCAGUGCAAUGGUUCGAGUGAAUUUGGAACAAGAGAAUCUCAAUGGAGUGACUUUAGAAUACAGAGCAAUUGUCGGUUACUUGGGUACAAUUGAAAUGCCUAAACAAAUUGCAAUAAGUUCAAAACUCCAGACAGUAAGGAGUUGCAUUCGAAAAUUGCGCCAAGAAAAGCGCAAUCCAACAACUGUCUUAAUGACGAUUUUGCCCAAUUGCUUGACUUUACAAAGUUCUAAUGCCACAAUCUUGGCUACAUAUCCUUCGUCUCGACUUAACUACGUUAGUUCGUCGUCUGAAAGUGAAAAUCGCUUUUUUGGCUUAGUCACUAGUGCAAUCUAUUCAUCGAAUUGUGAUGAUGACGAACAAGAGCCAAAUGGAGCUCAAAAAGAUGUUUCAAUAUCGAAUAGUUGCCAUGUAUUUGUUGUCGAUACGAAAAUCUGCGAACACAAUGUACAUGAACAGCGAGCGGCUGAAUUUCGUAUAACAUGCACCAAAGAUCCUAUAUCGAAUUUGUGCUUGGAGUUUCCAAAUAACUCGGAGUAUGUGGUGAAUUUGAUUAGGAGCAUGUAUACUAUGAGAAUAUUGCCUCCAGCUGCAAGGAAUCCUGGAAGGAAUGCAGAGGCUAAUAGACAGCCUCAGGAUGUGCAAGCGCACUCGCCACAGCCGAGUAAUCAUAGUGAAGUCACUACAACAUCGUCGAAUUCAGAUUCUGGAAUUGGAUUCCAUAAUGAUUGUACGAAUAUAUCGGAUCGGAUUUUAGUAGUUGACUUCCCGGGAAUCCAUGUGAUGCCGAAUCGGGUUGGAAAUGUGGGAGCCUGCGCCCGGCCGGCAGCAAUAUUUAAUAAUAUCGAACAGAGCAAUCCUCAGGUGGAUACACGACUUACAGUUCGGGCAAUGCCAGAUCCUAAGGCUGCCGCAACACCACCUUUGCCUAAAACUGCUCCUCCUCAAUGUUAUAAUGGACCGAAUUUAUUAGCUAGUUUAGAUUUAAUUAAAAGUCCAAUAUCUAGCUUAGUAGCGACAAGAUCAUGUGAUGAUGUAUUGUCUCUAAUGGAUCGUCAACCAAAUCGAAGAUCAUUACAAAUGUCGAUGGAUGAUAUAUCGAUACAUUCUAGUUCUCAUCAUCAUGGAUAUGAUAAUGUAUCAGGCAGAUCACCAAUUAAAGAUCAUGUUUUUAUUCCACCAUUGCCAACGGGACCGAAACAAAGUAAAAAAUCAAAACAAACUCCUUAUGAAGAUGGAUGUUGUUUUCUAAAAGACUCACGCUCAUUCCAUAUAAAUAAAUUGAGUCCUAAAGUUUAUGGGAUGAUGGAGACGAAAGGCAAUUCGGCAAGUGUAGAGAAUUUGGCUUCGGAUGGCUGUGCUCGAAAAUCACUUGGUUUUUCGAAAAACGAACGAAAUGUAGAUGGUAAUCAAAAUGCGGAUGAUUUUGAAACUUGGGGUAGUUUACAAAAUAUUCACAAGACGGAGAAUUAUCAUAGAUCAUCACCGAAGAAGACAACAAUUUUGGAAGCUACUUAUAGUGAGCCAGAUUUGGGGUCCAGAGCAUUGCCAUCAGAUGCAUCGCCUUUUCGUCGCUGGGCACAAUCUUCAUUCCGUGCUCCCAGAACUGUAGAUUCACAAGUUUCACUUGCACGCCGACCAUCCUCUUUGACUGCCUCCGACAACGAUGUUUACACCAAAUCAAUGGAGACUUAUAUAGGAGAUUUCAAAGCAGCAGCUGCCGCCGCCCGAAAUCAGUUAGCUGAUGUCAAAAAUAUUGUCAACGGAAGUGUUAUUGGUAGUAUUAGUAGUAGUAGUAAUCGUAGCGCACCUCAACAACAAGAAUCACAACCUGCUGGGGUCACAGCUUGGGGUAACUCAUUUGAAAAACUUUUAGAAGACCCAGCUGGCUUGCAUACAUUUGCUGAAUUUCUUAAAAAAGAAUUCUCAGCUGAGAAUAUAUACUUUUGGACUGCAUGCGAAAGGUAUCGCUUUAUUGAAUCGGCAAGCGAACGUGCAACAAUGGCAAUGGAAAUAUAUUCCAAACAUUUAGCCAACGGAGCAACAGAACCAGUAAAUGUAGACUCACAAGCAAGAACUACAACUCAGGAGAAUCUUCGAACAGCUGAAAAAGAUUUAUUUGGACAAGCUCAGAAGCAAAUUUUCAACUUGAUGAAAUUCGACAGUUAUCAGCGAUUCAUUCGAUCUGAUAUGUACAAAAAAUGCAUUGAAGCCGAAGAAAAACAUCAACCACUGCCGUAUUCAGCAGAAGGCUUGGAUGAGUUGUUGAAGACAAAUUUUCACCUAUCAGCCCAUUCUAAGCUGAAAAAAUCGGCUAGCAAUGCUGAAGAUCGGCGUCGAAAGAGUCUCCUACCAUGGCAUCGCAAAACUCGUUGUAAAUCUCGUGAUCGCGAUGAACUUGAUAAUGAUCACGGUAACAGCAAAUCAUCUAACAACAGAACAGGCAAAUAUCAACAGUCAACAGGAAAUUCUUUAAAAAUAACCAAUACAACAAAUUCCACAAGUGAUAUCCAUAGUUCACGCAGCUCUCUAUCUAGUUUCGACACACUGCCACAAUGCACAUUGACCAACAACACAUCAGAUGAUAUUAAAGCCUGUUGUCUAUGUCGUGUUAUACUUUGCGAUGGAGCAACAACAAUUGUUCAAACCAAACCCGAUGAAACAGUUCGUCAAUUGGUUGAAAGAUUGCUCGAAAAACGUGGCAUUUCAUAUCAAUUAUUUGAAGUUAUUCUAAAUAGCACAAAUAAAACAGUUGAUUUGAAUGCUUCAUCGCAAAUUUUAUCUGGGAAAGAAUUAUUAAUUGAGCAGAAAGUCGCAUUUAAAUUAGACCUGCCCGAUCCCAAAGUAAUCUCAGUGAAAAGUAAACCGAAGAAAGCUCUUUGCGAUGUGAUUAAACCGAUUUUGCAAAAGUAUAACUAUUGCAUGGAAAAUGUUCAGAUAUUAAUGCGUGAUACCCAUGAACCGAUUGAUCUUUCACAACCUGUUACCAUAGCCGAUGGUCAGAGACUGCAAGUUGUAAUGUUGAAAGCGGACCAACCGACGACCGACUACCUGCCACCAAAUUCAGCUAAGCUUAAACCUAUGCCAAAAAAUGUAUCUUUUCCAGCAAUAAAACCACAUAGAAAUGGUGGUCCAGUACCAAGUGUGGUUAUAAGUACACAACAGAGCACCCUUGAUGAGAUAACUAAUAAAGUUUUCAGUGAAUUAUUGCAAGGAAAAGUAGAAUCUCAUGAUGGGAAUCAAAAGGCAGCUGAUAUAGGCUCCAUGAAGUCAGAUGACUGCGCUUCAGAGACAUCAUCAAUAUUUGACCGAAUCCGAAGACGAGACUCAAACAUUCCGGGCCUAAAAGGUCUACGACCGAAAAAAAUAAACAAAAUAUCUAUAAGUCAAUCAGAUGAUGCCCUAACAACCUCAACACAAUUAUAUAGCACUAACAGCGAUCCAGCUGUAACAACGACAAAAAAACCUGUUAUUGCAAAAUGGAAAGCUGGUGUUAAAGUUCAAGUCACUGAACGAGCUGAAAAUCAAGAUGAAUUUCUAGAAGGACUAAAGCGUGCACAAUGUGCUCGACUGGAAGAUCAACGGGGAACUGAAAUCAAUUUUGAACUUCCAGAUUUUUUAAAAAACAAAGAAAAUCAAAGUGCAGCCAAUAAGUUGAGAAAAAUCCGUGCAAAUCUUAGUCCUGUAAAUAAAUCAGCACCUGUUGUGCUAGUAGAUAACCAGCAGCAGCAAGUAGAUCGUCCAUUACCACAACCAGCUCCAAGACUAUCGAUCACAAAGAAACAAUCAAUUUCACCUAUGAAAAUUGAUGAAGAAGAUGCUGCUGCUCCAUCAAUAUCUGUUGUCGGACAAACAAUAGAUGAGGACUCUUUAUCUACCAAAGGUCCGCCGCCACUACCCCCAAAGCCAAAAGUUCUGCCAAUUAAGCCUUCUAAUUGGGGCCAAAGCAGCACUAUCACUAAUGGCUGUUCAAAACAAGUUGGUUCUUCAUCUUCUCCAACAACUGGGCUAGCAAUUCCUCUUCCGAGCAAAAUUCCGGUUGACAUUUCUCGCAAGCAUCUUGGAUCUGAACAAACUGGUAGAACAGCUUACCUAGAUGAGCCAAGUAGUAGUUUUGUUUAGACUAA